CUGUGAUGUAUCUUGCUGACCCUGUCUAGAUGACAAGCCUCUAGCGAGCCGGAACUCCCAGCGGCCUGUACUACGGAGAAGACCAUUCGACAACCCCCAUGCCUUGCUGGCACGACAUCGCAUACCCAGCUCACCACUGCCCUAUCUGAAUAUCGUGUCUCAACCCCCUUCAACCACUGUUCGAGCCUUCUCUACCUCGCCUGUGUCUGCUGCGGAGAAGCUAUCUCAGCUGGAGCCACUGCAAAAGGCUGAGGAUAUUCCAGAAGCUGGUAAAGCCAUCAAGAACGCGACAGGAAUGGAUCUGCAUUCCAUACGAGACUUUCUGGCUGAAGUAAAGUUACCACAAGGAAGCGAUCGAACAAUCCAGAUAUUAGAAACAAAUAUCAUCAACCUACAAGAUCGCAUCGCCCGCGUCGUCCACCAAAUCGACAGGCCUGCAACGAACGUAAAGGAAGCUAAGGAGAAAGAGAGGCUUGAAGCACAAAGGUUCGAGUAUGAAGAACUUCUUGGAGAGACCGUGGAAAAGUAUACAAGUCGAUUCGCUGCUCUCAGGAGACAAGCUAAGCUGAGGAAGCAGAAAGAAGAGAUUUUGGAGAAGAAAAGGGCGUUGGUGAAACAGUUGGAAGAACAGGAAGAAGCCGAACGAAGGGCUAGGAUGGUUGUAAGAGCAAGGGAAGAAGGAAAAGAGCGGGAUGGCAAAAGUCUUGGUGAUAUAUUGGAUGAUGCAUUGAAAAAGAUCAGGAAGGAACCUACACAUCCUCCUAAGAUACAAGAACAAAGAGACAGGAAAGUCUUACCCUCCGACUGGGUCGUAAGGUCAGUUGGGGGGUCAGGUCCUUAUUCGGUCUUGGGUCGAAACGAAUUAGAUCGAAGCUCCGAGGAAAAUGCGCUUGCGGAUCCAAUCAUGGACAAGGGACGAGUGCCAACGGUGCCUGGCGAAGGACAUGCAUUUGAUCUCCUAUCAUCCUCGCCCUCAUCCUCACCAAGCAAACGUCCUGGUCUCGUUGUUCCGCCAUCCGGCAUUUUACCUAUCGACGAAGAUCUCAUCGUCACUUUCGACGCUCCCGUCCCCCAACUUCAGCAGCAAGUCCUCGCCCUACGAGACCGGCUUAAAAAAUCCUAUCCACGCCUCGACGUGUUACCCUACGAGGUCUGGACCUCUGAGAAUAAACGCACACUACAAACAUGGCUGAAGAUCUUGAUUGAAAGAUGGCAGGCGAGGUUUGAAAAUGUUAAUCUCACGGGCCAGAUGGUUAAAGGAAUAGUUGACGAAAAGCUAAAGGCGGUAUUAGAUCAGAUGGUGAUAGAUCACAAUCUUGACAAUGAUGCAGCAGAGAGGAUGGCAAUGAGGUGGCAUGAUGUGUCUUCUGAGAGACAAUCUCUGACUGGUGAUGCGGAAGGCAAGCUGGAUUGGGAUGAGAUGGAAGCGGAAGGUCUGGGGUUUCUGGCUGAUGAUAUGGAACAUGAGCCGUUGCAGCAACAGCAACCUGAUGUUGAGGCAGUGGCACAGGCGCAGCAUGGUAUGACUGAGGUAGUAAGAGGAGAGUCCAGUGGCUCGACGACGUCUAGGUUGGUGGGUCGUAGGAUGUACUCGACCUCCUCACGUUACGCCACCUUCCCUUCGCCUGAAGCCGAAUCCAAGCCGAGCUCGAUCGAUAAGACGGAUGGGAAAGAUAAACUACAUCAACGACAACCGCAAACCCCACAACCUCCUCCAACCUCAGAAGCCCAGCCCACAAGUCCUCAACCACACCUCCCCCACCUGACCGCCUCCGGCUCCGCACACAUGGUCAGCGUCUCGAACAAGCAACACACAACACGCACCGCCAUCGCCGUCGGAACCGUGUACUUUACUAACCCUACCCCCCUCCAAUUGAUACGCUCGAACAGCUUGGAAAAAGGCGAUGUUCUGGGUACAUCGCGAAUAGCGGGCAUCAUGGCAGCAAAGAAAUGCCCCGAGAUAAUACCUUUAUGCCAUCCGAUUGCCUUGACGCAUGUCGGGGUCGAACUUCGUGCUUUUGGGUCCAACUCGGGUGGAUCCUCCCCAGACUCCUUGCCAUCGAUACCCAUAUCCCCGUACAGCAUCGACCCCGGCUACGGCGGCAUCCAGAUCGAAGCAAAGGUCCAGUGUACGGGUCCUACGGGGGUCGAAAUGGAAGCUUUGACGGCAGUCAUGGGUGCAGCGCUCAGUGUGGUGGAUAUGUGUAAGGCAGUGGACAAAUUUCAGCGGGUGCAGGAUUUGAGGGUUGUAUUAAAAGAAGGAGGCAAGAGCGGCGUUUGGAGGGAGGAGGGAUGGGAAAGUUGGCAAGAUUAAUGUGUAAGAUAGUGUAGAGGACCAUGACAAAGCAAGAGAAUCACGACAAAGCAAGCUAAUGCUUGCGCAAAUGUAACAUACUUUCAGCACUAUUUCCAUGUCCUGAGCAACCUGUUUGAGGUGUCUGUAUGGGAGCUCGAAGCUACUAUGACUCGUGAUCCAGCCUCUUUCGACGCCGCCCUUCAUCUCAAGCUGCAAACCCGGCACCUCAUCUUAACGUUUGAACUCACCUACCAUGGUUCUCCGGCAAUGGAAGCGACUUUUA